AUGGCCUUGCAAUUCCGGUUGGCGGCAGUCCUACUCCUAUUAUCGGCUGCUAGUACUACGAAAACAGCUGCUGCUGCUCAAGCCCUUCCUGGCUGCUCUGACAAGUGCGGUGAUCUCACAGUUCCAUAUCCAUUUGGCAUGAAGGAGGAGGUUGGGGAGAUGCAAAUAUCGAAGCGAAUAGGGCGAGAUUGUUACGAUGAAGAGGGCAACGAAACUAGCACAGCAGGAACGUUCAGUUUGGGACCUCCAAACACCAUAUCUGAUACCCAAAACAAGUUCUACGCCGUUGGUUGCGACACUUAUGCAACCAUGGAAGGCUUCCGAGGGGAAGAAAAAGUCAUUACUGGGUGCAUUUCAGUAUGCAACAGCCUCAGCAGUGUUAAUAAGAACUCUUGCUCUGGCAUUGGGUGUUGCCAGAUUAACAUCCCCAGUGGACUGACCAAUCUCACUUUCGAGUUGAGAAGCUUCUACAAUCAUAAGAAUGUAUCGGAGUUUAACCCCUGCAGCUACGCCUUCAUUGCAGAGCAAGGCCGGUUCAAUUUCAGCUCUUCUAGUUUUGAACAACUGAAUGGCAUUGAACGGCUUCCAAUGGUUCUUAAUUGGGCCAUUGUGAAUGACGCAGAUCCCUGCGAUGAGACUCAGAACAGGAAGGGUUCCGCAUGCAAGGCUAAUAGCAAGUGCUUCAACCCAGCUAUCAAUGAGUCUGUAGGUUACUUGUGCCAGUGCUUGCCUGGUUAUGAAGGAAACCCGUACCACCCAGAUGGUUGCACAGAUAUUGAUGAGUGCAAAGACCCAAACCUCUGCCAGAAAGGACAAUGCUUGAAUCUUCUACCUCCACAAAAUUACACUUGUUCAUCAUGUCACAAAGGAUACAAACACGACGGCACCAAUGACAAGAGUUGCAUCAAAGACGAUCUCGAAAGAAGCUCAAAGAUCGUUCUCCUGCUUAUUGUUUCAUUGGGUGUAAGUAUGGGCUUGUUGGUUUUUUUCCUUGGGAUUUCGUGGAUAUGUUGGGGAAUGAAGAAAAGAGAGUUCAUUAAGCAGAAGGAAAAGUACUUCAAAGAGAAUGGUGGCUUAUUGUUACUGCAACAACUCGCCAGUGAUAAUGGAAGCUCGAUGAAGACAACAAAAAUCUUUACCGCUGAUGAACUUGAGAGGGCAACAAACAACUACCAUGAGAGUAGAAUCCUUGGAGAAGGAGGUAAUGGAACAGUUUACAAAGGAAUACUACCGGAUGACACAGUGGUUGCCAUAAAGAAGUCGAAAGGUACUAGUGCCAUGACCCAGAGUGAUCAAUUUGUUAACGAAGUGAUUAUCCUUUCUCAAAUUAACCACAUAAAUGUGGUGAAGCUAUUAGGUUGCUGUUUCGAAACAGAAGUUCCUUUACUAGUAUACGAAUUCAUUACCCAUGGCACUCUUUAUGAGCACAUUCAUAAAAGAAGAUCACCUCUCCCUUUUGAAUUACGAAUGAAGAUAGCAACUCAAAGCGCAGAAGCAUUGUCUCACUUACACUCGUCAAUUUCCACACCAAUCAUACAUCGAGAUGUGAAAACGGCAAAUAUUCUGUUAGCUAAUGAUUACACGGCGAAAGUGUCAGAUUUCGGAGCUUCCCGUUUGGUUCAUUCAGGAACUGAUAUGCAAACUUUGGUGCUCGGGACAUUUGGAUACCUAGACCCUGAAUAUCUGCAAUCAAACCAGCUAACAGAAAAGAGUGACGUUUACAGCUUUGGAGUUGUCCUAGUGGAACUAAUAACAAGCAAAGUUCCACUUUCUAAAGAUAGAUGCUUAGCAAGCAUCUUUGUGGUUUCCAUGGAAGAAGAUUGGUUGGAUCAAAUUCUUGACGAUGAUAUAGUGAACGAUGGAAACAUUGAGACGGUAAAGAAAGUGGCCCAUCUCGCAAAGCGAUGCUUGAUGGUAAAAGGGGAGGAAAGGCCUACCAUGAAAGAAGUUGCGAAAGAGCUCGAGGAAAUAAUGAGUGUCACAGCAAAACAUCCGUGGGGAUUUAAUGCUAGUUUCUACCGAGAAGAGACUGAGUACUUGCUCGGGUCACUCAAUUCAGACGGUUACGUCGUUGGUGUUGGGGAUGAUUGCAGUUCUAGUGGUCUAACCAGUGGUACGGCCAAUGCAUAUGACAGCAUGCAAAAACAACUGCAGUUGAUGCCAUAUGGCGGUGGACGUUAG